GGGUAAAGGAACUGCAGGUGAUGAUGAGGGAGUGUGUUCCAAGUGGGUGGGACUGAUUUUCAAGGGCGGAGGUAGCCAUCUUUGGGUGGGGGAAUCGGAGCAGAGCAAGUUUCUCCAAUACUUUAUGAGGACCAGGACACCGAAGCAGCAACAUGACUGAGACUGCAGAGGCCGUCGCCGCCGACAUAAAAGCCAGGAGGAGCAUCACCAUCGAGCUCUCCAAUGUCACGCACAACUACUGCCUCAUCAAUCCCAGGGUCUACCUUGAUAACGGCGAGACGCACAACCCGCCUCAACCCACAGUGCCUCCGCUGCACACAGAGCUCUGCACUUUUACCAAGACGGGAGGCAAAGCGACGGGGGCUGUCGGGGUGCUGACCUACAACCUGCUGGAGAGAUCUCAGAGCAACUUCAUCGAGACCGUGGCCAUCAUGUUCUCUGUGCCAUGGGACUACAACUUGUACAAAAACUGGUUUGCUGUGGGCAUCUUUGACAGGGGAAUUGAAUGCAAUGAGGCUUUGUUCAAAAAGAUGUACUAUGACAAGAAGCCAGAAGGGUUCGUGAGGGAGCAUGCCGAUGGGUCGGGGAUCAAUUAUGUCGGGAAGUACCUUGACAUCAAGGCUACCAUGUGUCCCAUGGGGAGGUCCAUCAUGAAGGUGGAAGUGUGGGAUAAAGUUUUCACCCCCUUGGGUCAACAUAUUUAGCUGACUGGUGUUUAGACAUCUGGUAUCCCCGCUGCACAAGCAACCUUUUCAUUUCUUUGGUUUGAUGCUUCCUGCUUUGUGUGUUCCUCCUUGAACCUUGUGAUAGAGUACAACAGUGACUGUUACAUCUCCCAUCACCGUUGUAUGAAUCUAUCUCUUACUAACUGUGCUUAAGAUCAUUCUAAAUCCCAGCAGUGCUGUGUUCAACUCCAUCUGUCUCAACAGCAUCCAGGUAUAGAAGGAGCCUUUAGAAAUGUAAAUUCAAGAAUGAUUCAGCGAAGGACGAGGGCGCGCUGCGCUCUGUAGAAACACCUGUUUCCUGCUCAUCUGGGUUUGCUCUGACACUGAGGAAGAUAAUAAAGAAUUUGGAUGAACAAGAUUCAUGCUGUGUUUAUUACAUU